AUGUCUGAACAGGAUUAUGAAGACGAUGCAGAGGAAAUCGAAUUAUCACAUUUGCGCAUUCAAGACCUGUCUAGUUUAAAUCUUGCACGGUUUCAAUGUUUAAAGAAAUUAUGUCUUCGACAAAAUCUUAUUACCAAGAUUGAAUAUUUAGAAACUAUGACGAACUUAGAAGAUCUUGAUCUUUAUGAUAAUCGAAUAUCACAUAUUGAAAAUUUAGAUAAAUUAAAAAAUUUAAUGUAA